AACGAUGCAAUCUGGUCAUUUGCACGUUCAGGGACGAGUUAUGCUCCAAUUUAGAGUUGCGUACGACCUAUGUGGGUUCCUCCAAGCACGAAGCUUGUGCCUCCAGCUACUGCCUCCCAAAACGUGAUCGGCGCUGCUUUCGAGAGUAGCUGUACUAACACUAACGCCUCUGACCCUAAAGAACUCUGUAUUUUAAUAACCCACGUAUUGGAACGACUCCGAAAGGGAAAAGUAGACUAAGCUGACUGCACAGUCACUGACAGUUGUCGUCCGCACAACGCCAUGACACGUGUCAGCCCUUCAAGAAUCCUCCAGCCACAAAACCGCAACACAAUACCUCACCUUUCCUGCAUUCUCCUCGGAACAGCAAUCCUAAUCGCGCAUCACGCCCACCUUCUCGCAGCGCAGCCGUUUGCAUUCCCCACGGCAAGCCUCUCCUCCGACAAUAAGCGCUCGAAGCUCAUUCGAGGAAGCAUCUCCUCGAUACCUGUCAGCGAGCCGAACAGCCACACCCACUCAUCACAUUUCUAUCCCCGGCUCCUGAAAUCAUCCUCUCGAGAUGAGUCCGCUUUCUCGACUGAAAGCAGCGCAGCCGUAGAUUUUUCCUCCGAGGCCUCUCCCACGCCGUUCGUUCUCGACACUCCAGACUCGAUCCCCGCUAGUAGCAGCGCUAGUAGCAGUAGUAUUAACCCGAGUUUUGACUACGGCAAUCCGUUCACCACGCCCAGCAAGCCAGUAAUAUUCACAAUGCCAGACCCCGACCCCGCUACCUUCGUCACAAAUCCAUCCGCGGUAGUGACAGACCCGACCGCGGUGAAUGUGGAUAUGACUGGUGGCUCUCCUGGGAGUUCUGGAAGUGUCCCGGUAGGGUCGUCUUUCUCGGGGAUUGGCGGUGGGGGUCAGCCGGCUUUCCCACAGCCGGGUGUUGGAUCGAGCUCCAAACCAGGAGAUUCCAACGGUAACCAGGUAACCAGCAGCCUUCCUGCUCCGCGUCCCACGGGCGCGGUUUUCAAUGUUCGAAAGUUUGGAGCUAAGGGAAAUGGAGAGUCAGACGAUUCGGGUGGAUUCCUGGCCGCGUUUGCAGCAGCGUGCAACGCGUCGAUAUCUGCUGACGCAAACACCGGGCCAACUACUAUGCUCGUUCCUGGUGGAUACACCUUCUACCUCACGCCGAUUCAGCUGAUCGGCCCUUGCGGACCCGGAGGAGUUAGUGUCCAGAUUGAUGGGAAUAUAACGGCACCUGAGAAGCUCUCCAAGUAUCCGUCUUCGUCCAGGAAGGGCAUUUUCGCGUUCCUUCAGUUUGGGAUGAUCGCGAACCUGACGGUGGUUGGCUCGGGAUUUAUUGACGGGCAAGGCGAGUCUUUCUGGGAGAAGGGGGGCGACCGGCCGGUGCUUGUGUAUGUCUACUUGUGCAACGGCACGAGCAUAAGCGGCAUCACGCUCCAGAAUGCUCCAUUUUUUCACCUGCAAGUUACUCGCUGUGUGGGAGUGAGGAUAUUUGACUUCAAGACGAACACACCUGCAGAGAGCAGAAACACGGACGGGAUUCAUGUGUCCGUGUCAACCAAUGUUGAGAUUCGAGACUGCACGCUGGCGGGUGGUGACGACAACAUUGUUCUCUGGGAUGGUGCAAGGGAAGUCAGCAUCUCAGACAUUACCAUCUUCAGUGGCCAUGGAAUAUCGAUUGGGGCACUUGGCAGUGGCAAGAUUUCACCACUGUCCUGCGUUUCAGACGUGACAGUGAAGUCCGUCCGAUUCUUCAACACGAAAAUAGGGCUACGCAUAAAGACUUUCCAAGGUGGAGCGGGUGCUGCAACAAACAUUGCAUAUGAGAACAUCACCAUGGAGGGGGUCCGAUACCCUCUGGUUCUGGAUCAGUUCUACAACGGAGGUAGCUUGCUAUCGCGGAGCUCAUCAAAGUCCAACAACGUGGCCAUUUCAGAUGUUUCGUUCUCGAACAUCCAAGGCACAGCCAUCGGAAAUGAAGGCGCUGUCUUCCGUUGCAGCAGAACAGUACCUUGUACAAAAGUAAGGCUCAAUAAUGUUAACAUAACUGCAGCAGGGCAGGCGACGCCACUGGUUCCGGUUUCAGAAUAUGUCUACGGUAAGGUGGGCGGGGAUGUCUCCUUGGCAUUGGAGGUUGAGAGUAAGGCUGACUCCGACGAGCUUGAGAGGACACAGAAGUUAGUGUCCGCUUGUGCCUCGCAGCCCCUCGUUUACUGACUGAAAAGAUGUCUUGAAUAUCAGCUGACCUGCCACACGCAGCGAACGUCCAUAGGCUAAUCGUUCUGAUACUUUCUUACUGACAUGACUCUUCACUGGCGCUCGCUCCUUCUGUUGCCUUAAAUACCUGUGCAUAAUGUACUUCCAGCCAUUUUCGGCCAAUGUCGGGAUAUGUU